GAAUGCAUUUUGGUAUCUCAUUAAAUGUCUUGAUCCAUGAAUUUCUUUUAAAUCAGCUGAUAAUGCUUAUUAUACGGUCUUAUAAUGCAUUCCUGAACUACCAGAAACACACAUACAUAACACUAUCCUUUGUUAAACAUUUCCAACAUCAGAUGACACUGGCAUAACAGAAGAAACAUCCUCAAUACCUACCACGUUUUAAGGACUAAAGGAAAAUAUUAUACAAAAUAGAUGUAUCAGAUUGUUUCUACAAUUCUGAGAUAGAGGCCCUGUAAAACAUUUACUCUGAGCUGGUAUCAUUAACCAAAUUUCUGGACAUCACUGACUGGAGUGUCAAGAAGAGGAGCUUGUAUGCUGAUUAAACUUGGAUAAGUGUAUCUAAGUGUUGCUAGACAAAAGUAACACUGAGCACAGAUAGAAAAGUAGAAGUUUAUGUAAGGAAUAAAAAGGAAGAAAAAUUUAUACGUUGUGAUUUGCAGGGGAAAAUGAUGGAAAAGAGUGAAAAAGUUGAAGAACUGAUUUCACCUGAGCACAUAAAAGAGAUGAGAAAAUUGUUGUAUGACUGUGACAUUUGUAAAAAGGUCUUCUCCCUUAAACGUAACCUAAUUUCCCACAGACGUAUUCAUACAGGGGAAAAACCAUAUCAGUGUGAGAUCUGUGGUAAAUCAUUCUCUGACCAAAGUGCCUUGACUUCACAUGAAGGUCUUCAUACAAACAAAAAGCCUUAUCACUGUGAUGUCUGUGGUAAAUCAUUUUCUCAAAGUUGUAAUUUAUCUGCACACAAGCGUAUUCAUACAGGAGAGAAACCAUAUCGUUGUGAUAUUUGUGGUAAAUCAUUCUCUGUAAGUAAUGACUUGAUGAGACACAAACGUAUUCAUACAGGAGAGAAACCAUUUCAUUGUAACAUCUGUGGUUCAUCAUUCUCUCGGAGUUAUUGCUUAACUACACACAUACGUAUUCAUACAGGUGAGAAGCCAUAUCGUUGUGAUAUCUGUGGUAAAUCGUUCUCUAGUAAUCAUCAAUUGACUAUACACAAACGUUUUCAUACAGAUGAAAAACCAUAUCAUUGUGAUAUUUGUGGCAAAUCAUUCUCUGUAAGUAGUGUGUUAACUAGACACAAGCGUAUUCAUACAGGAGAGAAACCAUAUCACUGUGAGAUCUGUGGUAAAUCAUUCUCUGACCAAAGUGCCUUUGUUUCGCACAAACGUUUUCAUACAGGAGAAAAGCCAUAUCACUGUGAUAUCUGUGGUAAAUCAUUCUCUCAGCGUAAGUUAUCACUUAACUACUCACAGGCGUAUUCAUACAGGAGAGAAGCCGUAUCACUGUGAUAUCUGUGGUAAAUCAUUCCCUCGUAAUCAGGAUGUAACUAUACAUAAACAUAUUCACACAGGAGACAAACCUUAUCACUGUGAGAUUUGUGGUAAAUCAUUCUCUCAAAGUAUUCACUUAUCUACACACAUACGUAUUCACACGGGAGAGAAACCAUAUAAUUGUGAUAUCUGUGGUAAAUCAUUCUCUGAAAGUCAUGCCUUAACUAUACAUAAGCAUAUUCAUACAGCAGGGAAACGUUAUCUCUGUGAUAUCUGUGGUAAAUCAUUCUCUCACAAAGGUGGCUUAGCAAA